GGCUAUUUCUAAUGAAGCCAGUAAAAAAGGUUGUUGAGUAGUCUAUGUUCUAAUAAGCUGCUCAGGCUGGAAUUUAGAUUUCCCCUUCAACGUGAGCUCAGUAACACAAAUUGUUCUUGUUCUGCCCUGGGCUCACUCAUCGAGGUCUGAGAUGGAGUUAGAUUGAGUUACUCUGGCUUAAAGCCACGGGCUGAGCUGAGGUGACUCUGGCACUUUGAGCCAGGCCCAGCUGCAGGGCCAAAUGGACGAGAGAAACUUAGUGAAGGUGGUACAGGGGAGCAUGUUCUGUGUCACAACUGAAAUAUCAUAAAUUGUGUAUGUGGUCAGCAAUACAGCCGAGCUGCAAGGUAACAUCCUCACCAAAUCCUGUGAAUUUGUUGUAGCAAAUGUGCAUUUGUGGGUUUCUUUCAAAAUGUUGUUAAAUGCUCUUAAAACCUAGUCAAAGAUCUGUCUGCACUGGUGACAUGUUUUCAUUUUACCCAGUUUUUGAAUGAACUGAAUGCAGUGGGAAAGGGAAAGACGUUUUCAGUUAUACUUUUAAAACAUUUGGAUUAUUUCUAUGGUGAAAUACCCAUAAUGCCCAACACUUUAGAGAACAAGAUUUCACCAAGGUCAGCAUCCAGUCCCCCUGAAGCCCAGCACUGAGGUGCAAACCCUGCAGUAAAUCUACCAACAUCUUGGAAGUCCAUCUCUAAAUGUGAAGAGAAAUAGACAUUUUCUGUGCCUAAGUGACAAAGCUUCUGACUGUGUGAUUUUUGUUUUUGUGAUCAGUUUGAAGAUGCACUGUGCCCUUGGGCUGGAGUGUAACCCCAUGCUCAUGCUGUCUUGCAGAUAACUUCCUCCUCAGCGAAGAAAUCAUAGCCAAUGGCUUUCACUCCUGUGACAGUGAUGAGGAAGACAGAGCCUCCCAUGCAAGUUCCAGUGACUGGACCCCAAGGCCACGUAUAGGUCCCUACACUUUUGUUCAGCAGCAUCUCAUGUUAGGUACAGACCCACGGAUGAUUCUGAAGGACCUGCUACCAGAAACGAUCCCCCCACCUGAACUGGAUGACAUGACUCUGUGGCAAAUCGUGAUAAACAUCCUUUCAGAGCCACCAAAAAGGAAGAAGAGGAAAGAUAUCAACACCAUUGAUGAUGCUGUGAAACUUUUGCAGGAGUGCAAGAAGAUCAUGGUCUUGACUGGAGCUGGGGUUUCAGUGUCUUGUGGAAUACCUGACUUUAGAUCCAGAGAUGGCAUCUAUGCACGCCUUGCUGUAGACUUCCCAGACCUUCCAGAUCCUCAAGCAAUGUUUGAUAUAGAAUAUUUCAGAAAGGAUCCCAGGCCAUUUUUUAAGUUUGCAAAGGAAAUCUACCCGGGACAGUUCCAGCCAUCUCUCUGUCACAGGUUCAUCGCUUUGAUGGAUAAAGAAGGAAAACUCCUCCGCAACUAUACUCAGAACAUAGACACACUGGAACAGGUUGCAGGAAUCCAAAGGAUAAUACAAUGUCAUGGUUCCUUUGCAACAGCUUCCUGCCUGAUCUGUAAAUACAAAGUUGAUUGUGAAGUUGUUCGAGGAGAUAUUUUCAAUCAGGUGGUGCCCCGCUGUCCCUGCUGUCCCCCCGAGGAGCCGCUGGCCAUCAUGAAGCCGGAUAUUGUGUUCUUUGGGGAGAACCUGCCUGAGCAGUUCCACCGUGCCAUGAAGUACGACAAAAAUGAAGUGGAUCUCCUCAUUGUCAUUGGGUCUUCACUCAAAGUAAGACCAGUAGCAUUGAUCCCAAGUUCCAUCCCCCAUGAAGUGCCUCAGAUCUUAAUUAAUAGGGAACCUUUGCCUCAUCUACACUUCGACGUGGAGCUUCUUGGAGACUGUGAUGUCAUUAUUAAUGAAUUGUGUCAGAGGUUGGGUAGUGAAUACACAAAACUUUGCUACAACUCGGUAAAACUUUCAGAAAUCACAGAAAAGCCUCCACGGCCGCACAAGGAGCUCGAAGCGCUCUCAGCUGAGCUCCCACCAACCCCUCUGAACAUUUCAGAAGGCUCCAGUUCACCAGAAAGGAUGAGCCCAGCCAAUUCUGUGGGGGCGUCAGAACAUCCACCUGAAUGUAAGGUAGAAAACUGUCAGCCUGCCCCAGAAACUAAAGGGACCUGCUCAGAGGAGACGCUUCAGGACACACAGGUGUCAUCAGAAAACCCUGAAAAUCCUGCUAGUGAGCUAAUGAACUCUGAAACAAUGAAGGAAAAUGUAUCUAAUGAUGGAGAAAAUAAAGAAAAGAGUGAAAUAUUGAAGAAGUGUUGGGUAAACAGAUCUGCAAAAGAACAGAUUAGCAAAAGGCUGGAUGGUACUCAGUAUCUGUUUUUGCCACCCAAUCGCUAUAUCUUCCACGGUGCUGAGGUCUACUCGGAUUCUGAAGACGAUAUCAUAUCUUCCAGCUCUUGUGGCAGCAGCAGUGAGAGCGGCUCGUGCCGCAGUCAGAGCUUAGAUGUGGAGGAUGAGAGUGAGAUGGAGGAGUUUUACAAUGGCAUAGAGGAUGAGGAUGCUCCCGAGAGGGAAGAGGAGCCUGGAUUCGGGGAGGAUGGAGCAGAACAGGAGGAAUUGGAAGCUGAGGAAUCAGCUGAGACAAAUGAAGCUGCAGGGACUGAACAUCCGAGCAAUGCGCUGUAAAGUGAUCACUGACUGGUUACAGGAACUUCCCACCAGCAUUAGGAGCUUUGGCAUGUCAGAAUGAAUGUUUACGUCUGAAUUUAGAGCAACAAAACCAUACGGAUGUAGUGUUUUUAAAUAACUAAAACAGAUUUUCAUGCUUAGUUUUUUACCUUUUUCAAUAAAAAUCUAUUACUGCGCACUCAACACUAACUCAUCUUUUUUUUAAGGUACUAGGAUUAUCUAAACAACUGUCACUAUGUUCACUUUUAAGUUCAUCUGUCUGAUCAGACAUCCAUGUAUAUAAUACAUAUUUUUCCUUAAUAAAUUUCAGCUUAUAUUAUUUUUAAACAGUUUUGAAAAAGCCAUUGGAAUGUUUAACUAAUAUAAAGGGAACAGCUAAUUUAGACCAAAGAAUGGUAUUUUCACACCUCUUGCUUUGUAACACUUUGGUUUAUUUAAAAUCUUCUUACACUUCUGCUAAACCUUUCAUUCACGCCUAGUCUGUCAUUAAACACUGGCAUUUUCUAAGACCUACUGUGGCAGCUAAUUUUUUUUGCUUUAACAGUUCCUUUGUAUGUUUGAGACAUAUUUAAUUGCAAGCAGAUAGCGAGAUGGAAACAAGACAGCAGCACUUGAGGAAUCCAAUGGUUUUUUGAUGGAUCAAGAAGUGCUGUGCAAAUGCUAAGGUUGCUGUGUAUGACUUGCUGUGGAAAUGAAGCGUUGUUGGCGUUGGCUCCUUAGCAGUUAGAAUGCAGCAUUUUAAACAGAAAGGAUCCCCCCAGUCAGAGCCUGUCACGCUGUAUCCAGUGGUCACAUCUAGAGCAGCUUGCUUUAUAAACAGCAUCUGAGGAAUUGCCAAGGCUCCCGUGUGGAAGCAGAGUUGAGAAGAGUGUUCCUCCCAGCAUGUGAGAAGGCACAGAAAUGUGCUCACUGAUGCACCAAGCCAGAGACUGACUCCAGUGGUGGGAGCCUCCGUUUGUGCUGCCAAGGAGCUCCACGUGGAUCAAGGACCUGCUGGCCUGAGCUCCUCAUGAGCUGGGAAACCUCCUCCCAGCUGCCAGCUCCAUCCUGGAGACAAAAGCGAAGCAGCUUCUCCCCCACUCUGCCGUCUCAAGUGCUAGGCUGCCUUAAAACUGGAUGUUGCAAAUGGUCAAGUGCAGAUUGUUUCCAAGCCUUUAGAACUAUUUUGUACAAUUGCACAGUGCAGUAGUCAGUGAAACAGCAUUUUUCUAUAAACCACUUUUUCAACAUUGGCCCAAAUGAACUCAACGAUGUAGAUGAUUCAUAUACUUUGCUUUAAUAUUUAUUACAUUUUGGAAGAUGUAUAGUGGCUGUUCUUUGAACAUAAUACCACAGUUAAUAAAUAUUUAAGAACAGCCUCCUGUAUUCAUUGGGAAAUGUUGGCAUGUUGUCUCAUUGUCCAAAUUUAACACAGCUCUUAUUUGGCUACAUUAAAGAAUGUAAUAUGUUUAGUUUUCACUUGCAUGUCACAAUGUAUUAGUUUGUGCUAUAGGAGAUAUUUUAAAUUGAAAUACUUUGUUUUAAAUUAUUUUUACAGUGAGGAUUGGUUUCUGCUCUUUUAUAUUGUAUAUAGUGUCUUUUAUGUAAUCUACUGGCAUAUGUUUUGUAGAAGACUGUUUAAAAUGACUGGCUAUCUUCCUGCAACUUUUGAAAUACAAAACCAGUGUUUUAUACUCGUACACGCUGUUCUAAAGUCUAUUAAAAUUGUCAUUUGA